AUGAGCAUCUCAUGUGUGACUCUGGCUGAGGUCCUGCAGCUGAAGGGAAGCCCUUUGGAGGAGGAAGAUAUAUGGGCUCUCUUACAUCUGGGUACAGAAAAUCUUCUCCAGGACCUGCCCAAAGAUCCACUUACCCAUGUGAUUUGCCCAUGGUCAAUGGUACUUUCAGCCAGAGGAAGUUUGUCUUUCCAAGACAAUAUGUCUCACCAAGAGGCUGUCCCUUUCAGGGCACCAGAACUGCUCCAAGGACAGAGUAAAAACAAGCAUGUUGGAUUGACAAAGAUGCUGGUGUAUUCGUUGGGAAUGACCCUCUAUUGGUCAGCAGAUUAUCAGGUUCCUCCAAACCAGUCCCUUCAGCUGAGUGAUCAGUUACAUGCCCUGCUGCUAAAGCUGUGUGAAGAUCUGCCACAUAAAAGACUUUCCCCAGAGUCCAUUUUGGAGGCAUGUGAAGUGCACCAGAAGGAAUCUUCCUCUUCUCCUGCAAGUGUUUACAUCCAGAGAAUGGUCAAAUUUGUGCUAGGAAGCAUCACUGAGGUAGAACAGGUAGUCACUGAAGACAGCCAGCUGAACAGAAGCCAUGUGAUAAGGAAAAGGCUGCAUGAGAAAGCAUCUGACAGCUCAGCAUUUCGCUCCCAGCUGAAUUUUCAUCAAGGGGCCAGGUUACUGAAUUAUAGUCAGUCGGCAGAGGAUUACAGACAACUCUCUGUGGAUUAUUGUGACUCCAGCAGCAUUUCGGAGAGCACAUCUUUGAUACUGUCAAACAGGGGCCGCAGGAGAGGGAGAGCUCCGCAGGCACAGCAGGCGUGGGACCCAAACCGGAGUGGGUCGAGGACACACAGUAGCUACAAGCUCUUCAUUAACAGAUCAGCAAGUGCUGUGGAUGAAAUCCCUGCUGGAACUCAGAAGAACGACAAGCCCAACCUUCUGAAUUUAGGCUCUACCUUCUCGGUGUCUGCCAAGGACUCGUUAGCAGCUGCUGCGUCUCUGAGGUGCAUGUUCCAAAGGAAAGAAAAGUUUUCAGGGCCAGAAUUUAUCAUUCUGUCCAGUGAACCACCAGUGACCUUACAACUGCCUGGAUCCAUUGUGACUAAAAAAGGGAAAUCCUAUUUGUCUCAAAGGGACCUCAGUGUGAUUCUGCUCAGCGGGCAGUGCCUCGAGGUGAAAUGUGACAUCAAGUCGAAGGCGAGAGAUGUCUUCAAUACGGUUGUGGCCUACGCAAACCUGGUGGAACAUUUCUACUUCAGCUUAGCUUACCUGAAAGGUAAAGAGUUUUUCUUUUUGGACGAUGAGACCAAACUCUACAAAGUGGCCCCAGAGGGCUGGAAUGACCAACCCAAGAAGAAAACCUUCAUCAUUAACUUCACACUCUUUCUGAGGAUAAAAUUCUUCGUCAGCCACUUUAACAUCAUCCAACAUGGUCUGACAAGGCAUCAGUUUUACCUGCAGCUUCGUAAAGAUAUUCUGGAGGAGCGGCUGUACUGCAAUGACGAGACCUCCCUGCAGUUAGGUGCUUUAGCCUUGCAGGCAGAACUUGGAAAUUAUGCUCCCGAGAUGCAUGGGAAGAACUAUUUUCGCGUUGAAGACUACGUUCCUGCGAGCCGGAUAGAGAAAAUGACCCUGACGUGCAUACAGCGAGAACUCGCCAAGCUGCACCGCAUGAACCACUCCCUCUUUGAAGAUGAAGCCGAGUUGGAAUUUUUAAGGGUGACUCAGCAACUCCCGGAGUAUGGGGUGCUGUUCCAUCGGGUGUCCCAAGAGAAGAAGGCAGCCGGAGUGGACACUGUCCUGGGAAUCUGUGCCAAGGGCAUCAUUGUGUACGAGAUGAAAAACCACACCAGAAUUGCCAGUUUAAGAUUUCAAUGGAGGGAAAUGGAGAGGAUUUCAGCUCACAGAAGAAAGUUCAUGAUCGAAAGCAACUUCAGUGGCAAAAAACACACGUUUGUCACUGACACGGCAAAGACUUGUAAAUAUAUACUGGACCUCUGCUCUGCCCAGCACAAAUUUAAUGCCCAGAUGCAUUCCAGGCAGCUUCAGCAAGCUUCGUCUGAGGACAGCAAGUUUAUGGAAAUAGUCAAAUCAAAUUCUGCUUAUGCAACUCAGCACGAACAUCUUGCCCUGAUUCAGAGACUAUCCUGCUCAGAAAAUGUGCUGUACGGGGCUAACCUGGAGCACAUGUCUGCUGGGAUGAUGAGCAAGUCUUGCGAUAACCUCAGCGUGGAAACCAACAAUGGGAUUGGGGACAAAAGCAAUCUAGGCAGCUCCCACUCUGGAUUGUCCCAGUCAGAAGUACACAUUAGUUUGAAUGAAAAACGACGGAGUUAUGACUAUCUCUCUCUCCAUUCAACUCCAAAUACAGCCAGCACCCCAGGUUCCCCAAUCAACCAAAGAGAGAAUGCACUGGCUGGAUUAGAAAGAGAAAUCAUUUGUGUCACCUUAAAACGAGAUCCUAAAAAUGGCUUUGGUUUUGUAAUUAUUGGAGGAGAAAAUGUGGGGAAAUUAGACCUCGGAAUAUUUAUCGCAUCAGUUAUCCCCGGGGGACCUGCAGACAGAGCUGGGCAUAUCAAACCAGGGGGACGACUCAUCUCCGUGAAUAAUGUUAGCCUCGAGGGUGUUUCUUUUAAUACCGCAGUUAAAAUUAUACAGAAUUCUCCUGAUGACGUGGAACUGAUCAUCUCUCAACACAAAGACAUAUCUGAAGAAGGACUGAAUGCGGAGAAGAAUUUGUCAAGAAAAAACAGCACUAGUGGGUCUGAGAUCUCUUGUGCAGACAGUGGAAGAAAAAGGAUUCAAGACUGUCAUACAGCACCUUCCAAAGAACUAGAUAUAAAUACAGAUGAACUCGAAAAGGUUCUUUCUUGGAAUUUAGCACCAAAAUUGAGUCCCAAGAUUCCUGUUCUUUCAGUUGACAGCCAGGAUAUGGAGGAAGCCAACUCCUCUCACUUUCCACCAUCUGCCGAAAGCAAUUCAGAUGAAAUCUAUUCUGUGGAGUUGGUUAAAGAAGACGGGACUCUUGGAAUCAGUGUGACUGGUGGGAUCAACACUACCGUGUGUGAUGGUGGAAUAUACGUGAAGUCAGUUAUCCCCAGAGGACCAGCUGAUAAGGAUGGACAAAUAAAAAAAGGUGAUCGGCUGCUGGAGGUGGACGGGAUCAGCCUCUGUGGCAUCACGCACAAGCAGGCUGUGGAAUGCCUGAAGAAAUCUGGCCAGGUUGUCAGGCUGCUUCUAGAAAGGGGACGUCACAAAUCUGCAGAGCCGUGUCCAGCUGCUAAAGACAGAACGGAGGAGAAAUCUGUGAUCGUUUCCUUGGCAACGCCCUUGUCAGCAAGUCCCAACGGCUACUCCUUUGCAACAGAUGAUAAUACGUUUGAAGUCAAGCUGAUGAAGAACUCUGGAGGCCUCGGCUUCAGUUUUCUGCAGAUGGAAAGAGAGGCUUGCGAACACCUCGGAGGAGAGAUUGUGAGGAUCAAAAGACUGUUUCCAGGGCAGCCAGCUGAAGAGAAUGGAGAGAUUGAAGUCGGAGACGUCAUUUUAGCUGUUAAUGAGAAACCUAUUCAAGGACUCUCGUAUCAGGAUGUCCUGCACUUGCUGAGAGGAGCUCCUCGACAAGUCACGCUGCUUCUCUGCAGGCCUCCAAAAGGUCUUCUUCCGGAAAUAGACCAGAGCGCACUGACCCCAGUGCCUUCUCCGGUUAAGGCGUUUGGGACCAUGACACCAUCUAUCCCAGAGCCCAGUGGUGGUGCAUCUCACACUGCUAGUGAGAGGGACAGUACCUCUCCAGAACUGGAAGACCAUAUGGAUUCUGAAGCAGUGGCCUCUUGCGGUGACCCUCCUGAGGACGAGAACUUUUCUCCUGAGGAGCAGGACAUGGAACCUUCCCAAGAGAAGCCACAUGACAGGCCUGGAGCCCACAGUGAGCGCUCCUACAAGCACCUCUGGAAAUGGCGUCGGGAAGCCAUUGCCUCUGAGACAUUCCUGUCUCUGGAGGAAGAGGUGAUGCAGAACUGCUACUCACCAUGUGAGAGCGGAAGGGCUGAAAGCCCUGCCUUUGAGAGGAGUGACGAUGACCUCGCCAGCACCUAUUGCAUCCCUGACAAUCUCUCCCCCACCCCAGCUGAUGAGGAGUAUCUCACGCUCAGCUCCACAUCUUUGACCUCGCUCUCAUGUGGCGGGAGCUCAGACACGGCCUCCACCACUAUCGCCACCCCGCAGCCACGUGGCCCUUUCUCAGCCCCCUUCCCUGCUAGAGAACCGGGCAGUAGUGACAACGAGUGGGAGGACUUUGAGGAACUAGAGGGAGAGGAGAAGGAAGAGGAAUAUACCAUGGAAACGGAGGUGCUUGUCACUGUGACAAGAUCAAAGAACAAUUGUUAUGGAUUCACGGUGGUUCCUAACAAACUGGACAACUGCCUGUAUGUGGAGGAAAUCCUGGCUGAGCCUAUCCUGUCUGAUGGAAGACUGAGAAGAGGGGACAGACUCAUUAUGGUGAAUGGCGUUGAUGUCACAGCAUUCUCCUUUGAUGAAACCCUGGCGUUGCUGCACAGCUCUUCUCACGAUUUGCGCCUGGUGGUUGGCCGGGUUAAGGAGGACCCCCAUGCCUCUGUUAGACCAGAUGAGAUUCCUGAAAUCACUCUCACAAAAGACGACAAUGGACAACUGGGCUUGAAGUUAACAGGAGGAGCCGGGAGCAAAUUGCAGGGUAUCUACGUGCUUGAGAUCGUGCCAGGCUCUCCCGCCAGUAUAGAAGGCAGCUUGCAGCCACGGGAUCAGAUUGUCUACAUCUGCGGGCUAUGGAUGGAGGGCCUCAGCCUGGACGAUGCAGUGCGAGUGUGUGAGGCUGCCAGCCACAAUGUCUGCAUCAGGGCAAUAAGAAAUGGCAAUCCAGUGGUUCCCACAGAGCAGCAGAAUACAAAGCACCUGGAGGAAGAAAGUGGUUGGGUUGAGCAAAGCACAUCUGACUCAGCAGAUUAUGAGGACUGCAUCAUUAAGAUUGAGCUGGAGAAAACAGCCAACGGGAGCCUGGGAUUUGCACUGGUAGGUGGCAGAAAUGGCCGGGCUAUCCUAAUUAAAGCCAUCAGCCCAGGAAGUAUCGCUGAUCUCGACGGGAGGCUUCAAGUGGGUGACAUCUUACUAAAGGUGAAUGGAGAUUUAAUGUCUGGUUUGACGCGCAGUACGGUGAUCGACCUCUUACGCAAGGCUCAAGGCACCGUUCAGCUCACUGUCUGCCGAAGCGCGGCAUUGCAUUGGGCUUAUUCAGGCAGCCAGUGUGAUACUUCUUCUCUCCAGAGCACAACAGCCCAGUCGGAUGAACAAGGUAGCGAGGGAAACCUAGAAGCCGAGCACUCAUUCACUUUCAGAGGAGGGGAAGAGGAAUCCAGCCAGAUGUGCAGCAAGGAUUCAGAAAGUAAAUGCGGUUCACCCCUGCAAAGUCAAUCAACUGAACUGGAGUAUGAGGCAAAUGCAGACAGAUCACAGAAAUACUCCAGGUGUGAGAGCAGCCUUAGAACAGACAGUCAGGAGUCUGAGACUGACAGCUGGAUGAGUGAGGAAGAUGAAGUGUCCCGGCGGAUUUCCGUUCUACCCAGAGGCAGAACACUUGUUUCUGAAGACGAGCUGACUCAGCUGACUCACAUUAUGCCAUCGCUGACUGGGGUAGAUCUGAGGUCUCGUCUCAGAGUUCUGAUACAGAACCUUCGGAGGCAGAUUGAAGAGCAAGAGAUCCUGAAAGAGUUUGUGGCUUUAGAACACAUGAAACCGCUCGAUGGCUGCCGAGUUGGGAAAGCGCCAGAAAACCGGGAGAAAAACAGAUACCGAGAUAUCCUUCCAUAUGAUGCGACACGGGUUCCUCUUGGAGCAACCAGGGGCUAUAUUAAUGCAAGUUACAUCCGAAUGCAUAUUGGAGAAGAGGAACAUUUCUAUAUUUCAACACAAGGGCCUCUGCCUUGCACUGUGGCUGAUUUCUGGCAAAUGAUUUGGGAGAACGAGUCAGAUGUGAUUGCCAUGAUGACGAAAGAAGUGGAGCUUGGAAAAGUCAAGUGUCACAGAUACUGGCCUGAAGCUCCACAGCACUCGCUAGACCUCAGUGAGUUCCAUCUGAGGCUGGACAACUACCAGAUCUUGGAAUAUUUUAUCAUCCGAAUAAUAGAAAUAAUUAACAAGCAGACAGGAGAGAGACGCUUCGUAAAACACUUGCAGUUUACCACUUGGCCAGAUCACGGUACUCCCAGACUGAUAGAGCAUCUCGUAAAAUUCAUUCGCUACAUGAGAAAAAUUCACCAGACGGGCCCCAUAACGGCCCACUGCAGUGCUGGGAUUGGAAGGAGUGGGGUUCUACUUUGUAUUGAUAUUUUGCUGAGCUGCAUUGAAAAAGAUCUAUGUUUCAACGUCAAGCAAAUAGUGAGAGAGCUGAGGCAUCAGCGAUUUGGCAUGAUUCAAACCAAGGACCAGUACCUGUUCUGCUACGAAGUAGUGCUGCAAGUGCUGCAGAACAUUGAAGCCAUGGAAUCCCAUCUCCUCCAGUAAAAAUCUCUGCUAUUGCCACUCGUCUUGGAGACCCCCCUCUUACUUGAGACUUAUUCUAAUGGGCUGUCAGACCAGCAUGGACAGGCGCUGUACUGCGUGCACUAUCUUGCUUGUCACACUGUGUUAGGAAAUGUUGAUUUCUAAAGCAUUUCUAAACCAGCAUAAAGUAGGUUGGUAAAUUAUUUAUACGCUGGCUCACUGGUAAGUUGCCACAGAGAGUAAUUUGGAUGUCCUGCGUAACAGCAUAUUGGUGUCUAGGAGAAUGUCUUUGGCUAGUGGCUAGGAAGUAACGUACACUGUCAAGGACUGCAGUUGUAUUCAGUUAGCUUUAAUAUCGGAAGGGCAGCUAAGAAGCUCUGAGACCAUGACUGUUUCAAGUUGAAGGUCAGUUGUCUCUCCCAUGUCACUCUAGACUUUUGCUCCUGUAUUUUGAAUCAGUAUUCUCUGCUCCCAGUGAUGCUCUCAAGGGGGGGGGGGUGCCAAUUCAUUUGCUUCUGGUUGUUUGAACAACUUAGAGCCAUUUUCUGCCAUCAUUCUAGCUUUAGGUGGAAGUUUUCAUAAAUAAAUUGAUGGCGGGACAUGACCCCAAAGCUCUAGCGAGCUACUUUUAGAGCGGGCAGAGAGCUCCAACAAUUGGAAUGGAUGGCUGUUUUCCCCUAGCAAUAUCAGCUGUGUAGAUAUCAUUAGCUCCUUUCAUUCUGUACCCAUAUCAAAAGGAAAGUAUUACUAAGCCAGCUCUGUGAGUGUGUGUAUAUAUAACUGUCACACUAAACAUGCAAUUCUUCCCUUCCCAUUGAUUUACUACCUAAUAGUCCCUUAUUUAGGGCCUGAUCCAACUCCAGUUCAACUUGAUGGAAAGCUCCAUUGAUUUGGGGGGCAGGGGGGUUGAAUCUGGUCCUUAAGCAACAUUAAAUAGCUCUGUUGUACUAUACACCUUUUUGUGAAAGCUGGUUCAUUUUCUGCAAGUUCCAGUUUGAGCAAAUCUCUCCUGUUUUUCCCUCCCCUUCCCUCCAAUUCAUCCCAUGAGACUGAAAUCUGCAUUAAACUGGAAAACUCUCUGGGAUAUCUUACCUACCUCACAGCCUGGGGCAUUGUGGGGGUUCAUUUGUUCAUGUUUGUAAAUUGCAGACUACUGCUAUGAUAUUACUGUAACUUGUUUGCCUAGAGGGUUAUAUUUAUGGAAGUAGAAUUAUUAGCUAUGCAACAGAAGAUCACCUUCUGUUAAAAAUAGGCAACACAGUGGUGAAAUAUAUUAACAGCAAUGUGUGUAUAAAAACUGCUUCCUUGACUUCAAGACAGUAGUAAUAUUAAGAGGUAUUUGCAUACAAAGCCACUCUGCAAGCUAUAAGAUAAUAAUAAAUACUCUUGUUUCAUUUUAUUAUGGAUCAGAAUGAUAGAUUUAUGGCGGAAGACGAAUAUGACAUUAAAUACAACUUAAAAGCCUGACUUUCAGAAAAAUGCAUCUUUAUAAAGUUAUUCUAAGAUUCCAGGUCAAUUUCUCCUUUCUGCUCUCAGCUACCCUGGACUAACCCAAGAGUAGAAUUUACAACAUAAGCCAGAUGCUGAUUCAGUCACAGUGAUAGAAAUCCAGAACUCCUAUUAAGUCAUUGGAGCAACUCCAGAUUUACACUGCUGUAAAUGAGAACAGAACCUGGUGUUCUAACUUGAAUUAACUGAGUUUGAGCCUUCUAGAAAGCAUUAUUCUCCAUGCAUUAUGAAUUUGUUUUACUCUCUGCAUGCUGCAUCUAGAGUAGCCAUUAUUUGCACAGAUUUGUCAAGCAUCGUUAGCCAAAUGUUCAUAAAUCUGUUACCUCUAUUGGGUUUUGGCCUUUCACUUUGGUUUUAUUUACUGCACUAUACAUGUAUUGCUAUGUAAGAUAAAAUUGCACAACCUAAUGCACAAUUCACUUUUUGUACUAAACUGCUUUAAACCAGUUUUUCAAGGGAAACGUACUGGACUUUGUACAAACAUGGCUGUGAACAAACCUAUUGGACUUUUAAAGGCAAUCUUGGUGGUACUCUGUAUUGCUCCACUUUUUAUGUGUGCAUCAUCUUUGCAGCUGUUUGAACAUAUAAAUGUUUCCUGUUUUACAGGGAUAUUAAAGUAAGAGAUGUUUGACAAAA